UUGUGAUCCCAAAGAGCCCUUUACCUGCCUCCGAAGUAAACUCGGAGAAACCUAACAUUCACAGUAGCACAAAGACUGGUUUGGGGCAGCAACAAGGGCAAAGGCGUCGCAAAACAGGGAAGAAGCGUGGUCGAACGACCAAAGCACUAAUCCACCACCCCAUGCCUGCACCCUCCAAGUCAGUGGAGCCUUUGAAAUUCCCCAGAAAGAGAGGCCCCAAGCCUGGCAGUAAGAGGAAACCUAGGACAUUGCUGAAUCCAGCACCCACCUCUCCAACAACCAGUACCCCAGAGCCAGACACAAGCACUGUGCCCCAGGACGCUGCUACAAUCCCCAGCUCUGCCAUGCAGGCUCCCACAGUUUGCAUUUACUUGAACAAGAAUGGCAGCACUGGGCCCCACCUAGACAAGAAGAAGAUUCAGCAGCUGCCAGACCAUUUUGGACCAGCUCGAGCUUCUGUUGUUCUGCAGCAAGCAGUCCAGGCCUGCAUUGAUUGUGCUUACCAUCAGAAAACAGUCUUCUCCUUCUUAAAACAAGGCCACGGGGGAGAGGUCAUCUCAGCUGUGUUCGAUCGGGAACAGCACACUCUGAACCUGCCAGCAGUAAACAGUAUCACCUACGUCCUUCGCUUCCUGGAGAAGCUGUGCCACAAUCUGCGCAGUGACAACCUCUUUGGGAACCAACCCUUCAGCCACCACAGCCCCAUGCAGCGCUCACACCAGUACGACCACGACAGGUAUCUACCAGACAGCAGCAGCUCGUUAGAAGGCUCUCUGCAGGGACCAGGCCGGGGCACAAAGCGCUGUGCCCACGCAGCCCCUCCAUACACUGCUCCUCUCUCCCCCAAGUUACCAAAGAGUGACCGUCACCCCCUGGAAG